AUGAGAUUUCUUUCAAAGAGGAUAUUGAAACCGGUACUUUCAGUAAUUAUCCUAAUAUCAAUUAUCAUAACCGUCGCUCUUUACAUUUUAACCUCGAAUGAGAACUACUUGCAAGCAGUCAAGGACAGUGCCAAGUCGCAGUAUGCUUCUCUCCGGGAAACCUACAAAAGCAUUGCAGGAGGCACUGAAAGCACCGCAGAACUUCCUGAUCAUGACGCUGAAGUGUUAGAUGGCAUAUUCGACAGGCUACGUGAGCCUCUUUAUGAUAAGGACAGUUUUGACCCGAAUGAAGUUCUUGCUGAGAAUAAACAGUUGUACGAUGAGUUUUUAGCUGAGGAAAUUUCUGAGCCAAAAGUGGACAAUUUGGUACGCAGCGGGGAUCCAUUAUCGGGCAAGGCAAAAGGAACAAUUUUGAGUUUGGUGAGGAAUGUUGAUUUAGAUGGUAUAAUAUCUUCUAUUCAACAACUAGAAGAAGAAUACAAUAAGAAUUUUGGAUACCCCUAUACCUUCCUCAACGAUGAGGAAUUUACGGACGAAUUCAAAGAUAAAAUAAAGAGUAUUCUCCCUAAUGACCGCUUAAUAGAAUUUGGCACCAUUGAUCCAAAUGACUGGAAUAUGCCUGAUAACAUUGAUAGGGAGAGAUACGACAGAGAAAUGGACAAAUUGGGUGAAGAAAAAAUUCAGUACGCUGAAGUGCAAUCUUAUCACAACAUGUGUCGUUUCUAUUCCAAAGAAUUUUACCAUCACCCCCUAUUAUCUAAAUAUAGAUAUGUGUGGAGAUUGGAACCAAAGGUUAAUUUCUAUUGCAAAAUCAAAUACGAUGUCUUUCAAUUUAUGAGCAUGAAUGACAAGAUUUAUGGGUUUGUUCUGAACCUUUAUGAUAGUCCCCAAACUAUCAGAACGCUAUGGACGUCGACUAUGGAUUUUGUUGAGGAGCAUCCAAACUACUUGAAUGCCAAUGGAGCUUUCGGAUGGCUAAAAGAUAACUCUCAAAAUCCAGAUAAUUAUGAUUAUACUCAAGGGUACUCGACUUGCCAUUUCUGGACCAAUUUUGAAAUAGUCGAUUUAGAAUUUUUGAGGUCAGAACCUUAUGAACAGUAUAUGCAAUAUCUUGAAGAGAAGGGUGGAUUUUACUAUGAAAGGUGGGGUGAUGCCCCUGUAAGAAGUUUGGCACUUGCUUUAUUUGCCGAUAAAUCGCGCAUCCAUUGGUUCAGGGAUAUAGGCUAUUACCAUACUCCAUAUACAAAUUGUCCAACUUGUCCAGAAGAUUCAGAUAGGUGUAAUGGAAACUGCAUACCAGGUAAAUUUACUCCUUGGAGUAAUCUAGACGAUCAAAAUUGUCAGGCAUCAUGGAUCAGGCACUCUAUGAAUGACGAAGAGUUGGGAAUGUAUUGA